UAACACGCUCGUUGCAGGGGAGGAAAAAGGCCUUAAUGGAAAUCAGAAGUCGUGACCAUACGUGGCACGUGAAGUGCAGGAAAUGCUCUCAGCCGGACUGUGGAUGGCAGCAACGCGAGAGAAGGAGUGUGGCGCUGCCUUGGCCGAAGUAUGCGCCAGCGCAGACUUCGGCAGUGCAACUUUAAAUUCAACGCGACACGCUCGUCAGCAGUGUGAAAGGAGUCUUCGUGCCCGAGCACAGAGUAAUUCCGCGUGAAAAAUCACGGACGAUGAGAGAGUGGCCACUUGCAACGCCUUCUUCAGUUUCCGUCGAAAACGUACAAAGGACGUACAGCCACGCCUCGCCACUUCCGGAAAUAGUAGAUAACAGUACUUCCAGAAGUGUGUAAAAAUCGAUAUCACCAUCGAUCUCGAUGCAUCCAGUCAGCUGAUUGGCUCUGCAGAGGGGGGAGGGGCUGGAACUCCCGCUUGCGACAAGUUAAAAAUGCCGCCCGCAGAGCGCUCCGAAUCAAUACAGCCGGCCUGUACCACGUGACCUGGCAGCGGGCAGCGCCAGCCAAUGGCCGAGCAGUGAAAAGUUUUGUUAAGUGGUCGCGCCGACGAGGACGCCUCCAGCGGGUGCAGGCGGAAAGCAGUCAGUGAGUGCGAGUAGCCCUCUGCGGCAGGAGCGAGACGUGAUGUAGUGUCGUCGUCGCCAGGUCACCAUGGAAGAAGCUCAGGUGCUCUUCACGGAGCUGCCGGUGCUGCACCACCGCCACCAUCACCACCACCAACCUUACUACCUGCACCAGCCGCACCUUCAGCUGGCACCACGGGAACCAUCGCCGCCACCCAAUCAAACGCAUGUGUCGUGCUUAUACCCCGAGAUCCUGGCCCUCAUCUUCGGCUACCUGGAGGUGCGCGACAAGGGACGAGCGGCGCAGGUGUGCGUCUCGUGGAGAGACGCGGCGUACCACAAGUCCGUGUGGCGCGGCGUCGAAGCCAAGCUGCACCUGCGGAGAGCCAACCCGUCCCUGUUCCUGUCCCUCGUGCGACGCGGCAUCCGGAGGGUCCAGGUUCUGUCCCUGCGACGCAGUCUCAGGGACGUGGUGCAGGGCAUCCCGAACUUGGAGUCCCUGAACCUCAGCGGGUGCUACAACGUGACGGACAUCGGUCUGUCGCACGCCUUCGUGUCGGACGUGCCGAUGCUGACUCAGCUGAACCUGUCGCUGUGCAAGCAGGUGACGGACACCAGUCUCGGACGCAUCGCGCAGUUCCUCAAGAACCUCGAGGUGCUGGAACUCGGCGGCUGUUGCAACGUGACCAACACGGGUCUGCUGCUUAUCGCGUGGGGGCUGAAGAACCUGCGACGCCUCAACCUGAGGUCCUGCUGGCACGUGUCGGACCAGGGAAUCAGCCACCUGGCCGGCCUGAACCGCGAAACGGCGAACGGCAACCUGGCGCUCGAGCACCUUGGCCUGCAGGACUGCCAGCGGCUGUCGGACGAGGCCCUCAAGCACGUGUCCGUCGGCCUCACGGGCCUCAAGAGCAUCAAUCUUAGUUUCUGUGUAAGCAUAACCGACAGUGGACUUAAGCACUUGGCUAAGAUGGUGUCUCUCCGCGAACUGAACUUGCGGUCGUGCGAUAACAUAUCUGACAUUGGCAUGGCGUACCUCGCGGAGGGCGGGUCGCGGAUAUCCUCCCUGGACGUGUCUUUCUGCGACAAGAUCGGCGACCAGGCCCUGGUGCACGUGUCGCAGGGCCUGUUCAACCUGCGAUCCCUGUCCCUCAGCGCGUGCCAGAUAUCUGACGAUGGGAUCUGCCGCAUCGCGAGGACGCUGCACGACCUGGAGACGCUCAACAUCGGGCAGUGUAGCCGAAUCUCGGACAAGGGCUUGCAGACCAUCGCCGAGUGCCUCCGAAACUUGCGCUGCAUAGACUUGUACGGCUGUACGCGGAUCAGCACCGUCGGCCUGGAGCGGAUCAUGAAGUUGCCUCAGCUCAGCACCCUGAAUCUGGGGCUGUGGCACGUCAGGUGAAACCGGCCUCCGACUGUGCGUGGUGCGGGUUCGAGUCUCGGUGGUGCCGCCACCUUCGCUGAUGGCGACAAACCGCUGCUUUUGUCCGAGUCAGAUGGGGAGAAACGAGAAAAAGUUGGGGUUGAAGGGAAUGAACUUACCCCGGAGCGCGCAGACGCCGAUCUAAAAAUGGCCACGGCCGGAUGCAUCGUCUUUAGGUGUCUGGACAGAUUGCCCGUGGAUCCACCCACAAAGCUAACUGGUUUGUGGCAAUAAUUGCACGCGGCUUUAUUUCUAACAUUCGGCAAUUCCACGAAGUGAAACCAAAUUUCACUCCUCUUGCGUGAUGUAGUCAUCUGAAAAUGUUUCAUCAAAAACCAUACUCAAUUACGGGCAGACGCAAGCCUACACAAAUCAAUUACUAGACUAAAUUAUUAGUGCGCCUAUGCAAGAGAUUGUGAUGGCACGUGAAUUACGUAAUAACAUUUUUUUUCCUUCACUUACCUCGAAAAAUAAAACGACGAAAAACUGUGUUUUGAAUUAAGUAAAAUAAUACAACUGCCGUGGACAAAAUAUCUGUCGGCGUUUCAGACAGGGUGGUAAUCGCGAUCAGCCGAAAUGGGCAGCGAAUGUGACCCGUGGCGUCCACCUGCAAGAGGUCAGCGCAGAUUGGAAACAAGGAAAACGUGUACAGAUUCUCUCACGAUCGAGUCUCAACUGGAAAUGGGCUGAGGAACGAUCCGGUUCGUCGUCGGUCUGGAUCCGAGCUGAUCCGAGUGCCUUUGGCGGAGGGGGAACGGAAAAGACCGAUCUGCCGAGUGUUGGAGGUGACGAUGGUGGCGGUGGUGGGGAAGAUUCGGGUCUCGCAAACAAGGAACACACUGCCAUUUGCCAUUUGCCAUUGGUUCUCAAACGAUACGUCUGUAACAGAAAUUCUGUAACACACUAGAAGCUCAAAGGCGAUAAUACUGGCACUGGAUGGCGUCUAAGAGACGACAGUGUCAUGCAGACAACGGGUACAAAAGGUGGUCGAAAUACUCUUGUAAGAUCCAUCUUAAUAUUGCCCUCCCAUCAGCAUCGGAGUCCACCCUGUUGUAAGCUCGGAUAUUGACCUGGGGGUUUAUGACCGGAAUGUGUAUGAAUUUCUCUACCUCUAUGCGUGCUACAUGCAAAACUCACCUCGACGUUGUCACCCUGAUAAUAAUAUUCAUGAAGAGUACAAACUAUGAAGCUCCUCAUCAUCACAUGUUCUCCAUUCUCUUUUAAACUGAUACUGA